AUGCAUGUGGCAGUGGUGGCAGCAGACGUGAUACUGCUCCUGAGCCUGGGCUGGACCGCGGACGCUCUCUGCUCCCCCACUAUCUUUUACAGAGACUGCUGGAUCCGCCGUUUCCCAGGUCUUCUGCUCGACCUGGAGGAGUCUCAGAAGAUGGGUGCGCAGUUCUUGAGAUACUACACAGAGAGCACGGGCCAGAAAUGCAGUAGGAGCUGCUGCCUUAGGAAGGAUGUGGCCUGUAACUUGGCUGUCUUCUACCACGAUCCUAUUCAUGAUGACAUCAACUGCCUCCACAUUCACUGCCCAACAAUGGAGAGCUGCAUAUUGGAGCCUGAAGCCAGUGCCGUCUUGUACACCGUAACAGACGGUAUAGAUCCAGAUUUGCUGGUUUUUGGACACUCACCUCCCACAUAUCUAAAUACCCGUUUUUCAUCUAAUAGAUGGGACACACUAAGAAAUCUAAAAGCUAUGAAUUUAGAUAAACAACAAACCACCAUGAUAAACCAAAUGCUACCAUCAGUAGAGGCUCCAUCAUCAACCACACGUCAAGAUUUGGUUGUAAAUGCAAGCCAUACCAGAUACUCCAAGGCAUUGACCACAGAUUCUUGGGCAAGGGUCAUUUCCCAGAAUGAUUCCAUUGCCACAAAGGUCAACAAGGUGUCACGCAGUGCCGACUUCAUCAGCAAUCCAGAUAACAAGACUAUUUCUGCUUUCUUUGUGCCCUUAGACACAAAACCUUCUCACAUGCCCAUUCCAUCCCAACUCAACAGCAACAAGCAAUUGCUGAACAAAACCAAAGGGUACAACAGCAGAAACCACACAUCUGAGAAUGAAAACGAAACACCUAAUGGGACAUCUGGGACUUCAAAGAUGUGGCUGAUACCCGUGGCCCUUUGUACCUCUGUCACCUUUCUUUGUUGUUGUAUUGUCAUCCUGGUAUCUGGAUGCUGUCGAAAGAAGCAGGGCCAGUAUAAACCAGGACAGAGAAAGUCAGGAUCCAGGCAAAUUCAAAAAAGUUACAUUCUGAAGGACAGCUCUUAA